CAAACCUUCUUGUGUUAGUGUUCGUGAAUUUUACUCAAUACAAAAUCAUCAUGUCUGGUCGUGGUAAAGGCGGUAAAGUUAAAGGAAAGUCAAAGACUCGUUCAUCUCGUGCCGGAUUACAAUUCCCAGUCGGUCGUAUCCACAGACUGCUCCGUAAAGGAAACUACGCCGAACGAGUUGGAGGCGGUGCUCCAGUAUACCUCGCUGCUGUCAUGGAAUACUUGGCCGCUGAAGUUUUGGAAUUGGCAGGCAAUGCUGCCCGUGACAACAAGAAAACUCGUAUCAUCCCGAGACAUUUACAACUCGCCAUCAGAAACGACGAAGAAUUGAACAAAUUGUUAUCCGGAGUUACCAUUGCCCAAGGUGGUGUACUUCCGAAUAUUCAAGCUGUUCUUUUACCCAAGAAAACCGAGAAGAAAGCAUAAGCUUUUA